UUUUCGUUUCUCCAUCAUGAGCACACAACCCAAGCAAAUUGUAGUCAUCGGCGGCGGGUACGUCGGCAUUCAGUUCGCGCAAGAACUGGCCAAGUUUCUGCCGGCUUCCGCGGCCUCCAUCACCGUGAUCGAGAAGAACGAGUUCACGUACCACUGCGUUGGCGUGCCGCGCGCGCUCGUCGACCCGACGUUCGUGAAGAAGCUGUUCAUCCCGGUGGCUAAUGCUCUGCCUGCGUCGCACUCGAAAGUCAUUCGGGGGAUCGCAGAUGCCAUCGAAGGCAACGAGGUUCGCGUGCGUAAGAUUGGCGACAACAACGUCGUGGACGAAACGACGUCGAACGUUCCGUUUGACUAUUUGAUCCUCGCCACAGGGAGCAGUUACGUGUCGCCGAUCAAAGUCCCGUCGGGGUCGUACACGCGCGAAAACGUCGAAAAUGCGAUUGUGGACACGGCCAACCACAUCAAAGCCGCGUCGUCUGUCCUCAUUAUCGGCGGCGGUCCCGUGGGAGUCGAAAUUGCGGGGGAAAUUGCAGUCGCGUUUCCCGACAAGACGGUCACGAUCUUGGACGCGCACGACAAACUCAUCGGCAACAGCGCCUUGACGGACAAAUUCCGCAACAACUUGACCGCACGAUUGAACGCGUUGAAGGUCAAGCUGGUGCUCGGGGAGCGCUUGCCCACUCGUGAGAUUGCGCAUGGGUUUGAGAAAAAGACCGUGCAGACCGACAAGGGCACGUCCAUCGAGUCGGACGUGCAACUCGUCGCGGCUGGAAGCACGCCCAACGCGUCGCUGAUUCAAAAGCUAGACCCAACCCUUCUCACGGAGCACGGCGCGGUCAAGGUCACCGCGGGGCUGCAACUGGACGACCCGCGCUUUUCCACGAUCUUCGCCAUCGGCGACGUCAACAACCACGCGACACCCAAACUCGCGUACACUGGGGCCCUCCAAGCCAAGCACUUGGCCAAGCAACUCGCCACGGUGAUCAAGGCAGGAAGCGGCGCCGUGGCCCCGUACGUGACGGGGGCGGUGGAAGGCAUGAUCGUUCCCUUGGGACCGACUGGUGGGGUGGGGCAGCUGCCUCUCUUUGGCGGCGUUGUCGUCGGCAACUUUGUCGUCCGCUUGGCGAAAGCCAAGGACUAUUUCGCCGCCCAGUUUUGGGGUUUGUGGCAUGCAGUGCUGCCUACAGCCUGAUGAAGAAGAAAUACUGCGAAAAAUGUGUCAGUUUUUUGGCAUUUUUUCGCUAUUUUUCAAAAUCGAAUGUCUUACACUAAUUUCCGACGUAGGAUAGUAGUACUAAUACCUACUAGUAGUAGUCCAACACACUCAGCUAAGAAUACACUUAAUUUUAUCCAAUCAACG